GAGGCGUCGCACUGUGUCUCAGUUCAGAAGGACGUCGUAACGGCGAAGCAUUGGUGAGGUUUGAAGACUUUGAGCAGCGUGAACUGGCCCUCAAGCGACAUCGGCACUUCCUCCAUAACCGCUAUAUCGAGGUGUAUCGUGCUACCGCCGACGAUUUUUUACAGGUUGCUGCAGGUUCGUUCAGCAGUUCGGGCAGUGAGUCUUUUAAUUGUUAG